AUGAAUCCAGUUAAGAGCGUGCUGCGCGAGCUCUCGAGCGUGCUGUGGGUGGCCACCGACGGGCGUGCGUCCAUCAGGGAGGUGACCGUGUCCCUCCCUCGCACUUGGAAGCCCGACGCCAUCACUUGCUCCCUGCAUACGCCCUUGACGGUGUCGGCCGCCCCCACCAACGCCCACAUCCAGGUGACAGCGCCGCACCCGGUGUUCGACUCGCGCCCGUGGACGCAGCAGAGUGAGGGCUGCGGGCGGCCAGGAGACUUCAUCCAGCUCGGGGGCGACCUGCUGCGCGCCGCCACCAACGACUCGCACGCCCGCGCCGCCCGCCUACUGCUGACGGAGUGGGCCAAGUUCCGGUGGGGCGUGUUCGACGAGCGGGGCCACGCCGGCGACCCGCUCUUCCCGCCCACCUUCAGAGACCCCAACACCUACCAGUUCUCGGCGACGGCGUGCGCGGACGGCGUGGUCAGGGGAACCGUGUGCGACUCCGCCCAGCCCGGCUGCGCCUUCACGCCCGAAAUCUACAACAACGACCAUCUCACCACAUCGCUCCUCUCGCUGCCCGAAAUCCCGUCGGUCCGUCGGUUCUGCAACAACAAGAACCACAAACGUGAGGCGCCCACCAAGCACAACGCUCUUUGCGGAGGCCGCUCGGUGUGGGAGAUUAUUCAGCAGACGGAGGAUUUCGUCGGGGGCAGGAACCCCCCGGGCAGCGGGAGUCGCGGCCUGGAGCCCGUGUUGCGCUACGUGCAGGACGCCGCUCCGCGCUACGUGUUCGUCAUCGAGGACACGGCCUCUAUGAAUCUGCAGCGUCGAUGGGAGUUCCUGCGCAAGGCUAUGCGUCGCGUGGUAGUGUACGACGUGCCGGAUGGCGCCCACGUGGGCGUGGUGACCUUCCACUCCGUCGCCCGCACCGUGGCGCCGCUGACUUUCAUCGAGAGCGAGGACUCGGACAUGCGGCAGCGCGUGGGAUCGUCGCUGCCGCGCAACCCGUCGGCCGUCCCCGAGAGCCACAAGUGCGUGCUGUGCGGCAUGCAGGAGGCGCUGCGGGUGCUCAACGAGGGCGACGCAACGGGCGCUACCAUCAUCCUCGUCACGACGGGGACCGGGCCGACGCCCGCCCGGGAGGUGGAUGAGAUGAUUCGCCUGGCGGAGACGAGGCGGCUGCGCGUCGAGGUGGUGCUUUACCCGCUGACGGAGCGCAGGGGCGCCGCCGCCAUCACGCACGGCCUCGAGCGCCUCGUGGAGGCCUCCCGCGGCACCAUCUUUACCGUUAUGGAUGAGGGCGUCGGGAACGACUCCAAGGUCAAGAUGAUGGUAGCGCUGAUGGACUCCCUGCUGGCGGCCGUGCGCCAGAACGCGCCGUCGCACGCGCCCGGGUCACCCGUGCUCGUCCACAGCGCGGGCUACCCCGGCGGGAUCGCGUCCAUGUCCGAGGGCUCCUUCGCCUUGGACGAGUCGUUGGGGCAGAACGCGCGCUUCUCCGUCUACUACUACGACCUGAACCACGUGGGCAACGCCAUCCAGCUCACAGCGCCUUCCGGCCAGAUGAUCGCCUCCGUUAACGUGCAGGAGGAAGACGGAGACGUCAACAUGAUCUUCGUUAACUUAGAAAAGGCGGAGCGCGGACUGUGGACCUACAAAGUGGAGAACCGUGCGGACUCGCACCAGGGGCUGUACGUGCAGGUGACGGCCAAGAGGAACGCCUCCACGGGACUCCAGGUUCGCCUGUGGACCAACUCGGGCUCGCGGCCCAUCAAUUCUUCGGAUCCUUCAGCCCCCGUGAUAGUCUACGCCGAAGUGAAGGACGGCGUCGCCCCCAUCCUGGACGCGCGGGUCGUGGCCAAGCUGCAGCGCCUCGGCACCAAUGUCACCGGCAGCAACUACGAGCCCAUUUACAUGGAGCUCUGGGAUAACGGCAUCGGGGAUCCAGACAUCACCAAAGGCGAUGGCAUUUAUUCUCGUUACCUGCCAACACUGCGCGGGUACCCGGGUCGCUACCUCCUCAGCGCCGACAUCGACUACAACAGCGGGAUGGCCGUGAUCGCCAAGGGCCCGCCCACGCGCCACCACAAGGGUCCGUCGUCGCACUUGGCCCAUUACUUCCAACAUCCCAACUACGACGGCUGGAACAGCGAGCAGACCUGCUGCGGAAGCGCCAUCCCGCAUGUGCACACGCGUCGUGCGCCGCCCUUCCUGCGCCAUGAGACUUGGGGUGUCCUGGAGGUGGUCGCGCCGCCGCCCCCACGUGACAACGUCCCUCCGUCGCGCAUCCUGGACCUGAAGGUGGACGUCAACGACACAGUUCACGAGAUCAGCCUCCGCUGGACGGCGCCAGGCGACGACUGGGACAACGGGCGCGCGCACCACUACGAGGCGGUCGUCGCCCCGUACUGGCGAGAGGCGAGGGCGUUCCAGGGCGACCGGCUCACGGGGCUGCCGACGCCGCUCCCCGCGGGCACCAUGCACGCCACGACGCUGCAGUUCACUAGAUACGAGGAGUUAUGGUACCUCUGCGUAAGAGCCGUGGACGAAGCCGGCAACACUGGUGCAGUAGGAAACAUUGCCGCGCUGUGGGUUCCUCGACCUCCUACCACCUACGAGAUUACCACGAGGACGCAGCCUGCUCUCACCACUUCAGGCAACUAUACGCUUACGUCAGAGCUCGGAUCCGGCCGACCCGUAGGAGUGAUGGAGCUGCAGCUGGAGGACGUCGCCGUCAUCCUGGGGAGCAUCGGCGGGUUCCUGGUGGUGGUGGCCGUGCUGGUGUCCUACUGCUACUGCCACACUAGCCGGAGGAGGAAGCAGCAGCACGAGAAGGACGUGGAGAAGGUGCACGGCGGCGCGGGCAGUGGCAGCGUCAUGGUCAAGUCGGGCUCGGUCGGCCUGGAGGAGGGCGGUGGCAGCCACGAGUCGCUGGACAGCGUAGUCAAGGAGUGCCCGGACGCCAGUCGAGACGGACGCCCGCUGUCGCCUGUGCAGUCCUGGGGCGCGACCACUCUCCUCCAGGAACACGAACGCCGGCUGUCGGUGCACAGCGGAGGAGCCGCGGACGAGGGCCCUUUGCAUGCGCCCUUCCCCGAUGUCACGGUGACGGAUUACAGGCCAGCCACGGGCGCCGUCGAGCCCUCAGUCUACCUGCCCUGCCAGCACGAGGAGGCCGCCUGCCACUGUGCCGUCCCCGGACCCGACUACACCAGCUACGCCGCCGCUUGGGACGAGCCACUGACGGGCCAUCUGCUGUCGCGCGCCCGCACCGCCGCCCCCACGCCCGCACCACACCAGCAGCCGCAGCAGAUCCCGCAGGCUGACCGCAAGCGCCGCAACGUGACCCAAGUGUAGAUCAGCGGCUCCGAGACGGUGGGAAUUUCUCAAACGCGAGUGCCAAGUAGCUAAUACGUACCAGGUGCUCCAUGCUCAAUUUGACCCUGGUUUAGGGAAACCAAUUUUGUAUCGGUCAGAACUUUCUGGGGACGCAUGUCCAUGUUGUACUAUUGAACAGGAAACGCGUGCCGACGAAUAUGCUGUGGUCUGUAUAUCAGUAUACACAUGCACAGAAAUUGUGUGUCGUAAUGUUUUGUGUAAAGAUAGAGUACAUUACUUCUGGACUUCCAUAGAGAGGUGGCCGAGUUGAUAUACUAGUUAUACUCUGUAUAACAUGUUUAGUUAAAAGAGCAAGAUUUUCAGGUGGGGAGGGAAGGGAGGGCACCAAAGAAUUUUUUGAAAGGUCAAGUCCAUCUGUCAACUUGAAAGCAAGCAGAACGCUGCAGUGGAAGGCACCGUCAGACCUAAACAAACUCUAUGUGAGGUGUUAUUUGUGCUUCAAUUGCUCUUGCUGUUUAAGUGAAAUUGUCAAAUGCUGAAAAAAGAAAAUUGUUUCAGUUCGUAAAAAAUGAUCUCAGCUACACUUCGAUAUCAAUGUUAUUUCAGCUUUUUGUUGAGUGUCGCGUGACUGACGUGCAUCAUCAGUUCUGAAUGAGAUGUAUCAGAACAGAGUGUGAGGGACCAAGUCAUUAUGUAUUCUGCUGUGUUUCGACAAGAACAAACUAUCCGUUUUGGAUAGAAUCUACCUUAAAAAAAAAGAGAGAAGCAUAUCAUAGUUUAUGUAAUUUACACUGAAAAGAAUGUUCUCAAAACUAUGUAUAUGUUUAAUGUUUCAUGUGAUAAAUGUGUACAUACAUUGAUGUGAUCAGCUUACUUAAAUGUGCCUCUUUUCCUCCACUUUUUUCUCUUCGGGGCAGGGGAGACUGCACAGGCUCGGAAAAAAACAGCCCCAAGUAGAUUACGAAAAAAGUAGAAGAAAAUGAAAACAAAAGAGGGAAAGGGUGUCUCUGACGUCUCCUCUUCCCCUUUCUCCAUCUUUGCCGAUUCCUCUCUUUCUACAAUUUUCUCUUGUGCUUGAUUUUCCCUCAACUCACCUUUAAUCCUCCUAGUGUAAUCAGCUUUUUAUACUCUCGAACGAACCAUAUAGUAUUUACACUUUCCUGACAAAACCGUCAAGACAUCAACAGGGUGACCCACCGCUUUUUAUGUUGUGACUGCUUUAACGAUGAUAAAAAUAAACUCGCGUGGAGACUGCUUAGUAUGUAGAUCUAGCCUGAGAUUUUUUUGUUAGGGUUUUGUAUAAAAGUUAUAUAGACACAUACAGACAUAUGCAUAUAAUUACACAAAAGCGUGCAUGUGCACAUACCCACACAAACUAACACAUUAACAUCUAAGAAAUAACGAAAACAUACAGUACACACGCAAAACACACCCCGCACUCCUACUAACACAAAACCUUUAAACACAUGUACACAGACACAUCCACACAACCGUACUGUACAUACAUAACUGAGUGUGUAUGUAUGCGUGUAUAUCUAUAGCCUACGAAAUGUGUUUGGGUCGAAACUCCUGCAGAAACAAGCCCAAUACAGUUCUGGACAGCACUCAAUCCACUUUCGCAAAGAUAAUAAGCACAGCACUACUGAUAUGUCACUCCAGUGUUAUUUUCUAUAUUAGGGAGUAAACUAAGAAAAAUCAGUCACUUUAUCUUUAAGUGUUUUUGAUAUUAGACGUCAAGGGAUUUGUUUGUUUCUUUCAUUUCUUGUUUCCAAACUUUCAUUUAUCUUGACGUCGCAUUAUCAUUAUUAUUAUUGCCAUUGUAUUCUCUUUGUGUCAAAUGAUUUUUAAAGAUUAAGACAAUGCAUUGACUUAAUUGAUGUAAGGAGUUGUUCACCUCAGUUCCAACAAGGCAUUACAAUAUUUUCUUACUGUGGAAUUAGACAUGAUAUGGACUUGUAAAUGGACGUUGUACGGUGUUUUGCACUAGUCAUUAAAGAUUGCCAAGUGUACGUAUA